AGACCUUUAUCACGGAGUCCUGCUGCCUCCCACGACAAGUUUCUGGGGCUUCAGGGAGGACAGACAGAGAAAAUCCUCACAAGGCGUUGAGCAUUUGCCACUUGCUCAAUAACAUCAUAGCCAUGAUAUUUAUUGUUAUGUCUUCCUUUAUCACUAUCCAGCGGGGAGCCUGGGAUGGAAUUGGGGCCACAGGCAGGGAUAAAAAGAGAAUGGGGGAGGAGGCAGCAUGCUGGAGGUCACAAAGCAAAUCGGGGUGCUUCUGCCAGACUUCAGUGCCUGGAAUACCUCCACCUUCACCCCGCCAUUUGACCCUUCUGGAGAGCUGCAUCCAGUGUGGCUGUCUGAGGCACAAUGGGUUGGGCUCCUUGGCUGAGGAUGCAGAGGUAGCCAAGAGGCCCUCCCUUGCUGCCCUGAUGAAUUCCCCAGACGCAGGGCCUGUGGUGGGCCCGCCCAGGGCAGGGCAGUUGCCUUCCCAACAUACUUUCCCUCUGGAUUCACAAGGGGAGGCAACCAGGCAGGAGGCAGAGAGCUGGGGGCGCCCACACGUCUCCUGGCCCAGUAGGCGUCUGCCUGAAAGGGACCCAGGGGCCCCAUCAUGCAGGCACCAGUACCUCUUCCCUAGCCUGGCUGGCCUCCUGAAACCACUGGGCCUGGUGGGAAGGGAGGCUGACUGGUGCGCCUGCCAAAGGCUCAGGCCAGGAGUCCCAGGCAGCAGAGGCAUUACUGCUAAUGAGGGGCUCAGGCCAGCAUUUCUUGUCUGGAUUCUGUGCAAAGGCAGGGAUGGUGGGUGUGAAGGGCUUGGGGGAGGGGGUGCCUUGCAUUCCCCAGUUCUAAUUCUGGCUGUGUGACCUCAAGCUGUCUUGUCUCCCCUCUGAGUAAAUUAUGAAUAAGAUGUAAGUGGCCCUGUGUAUUUCUUUUUUUUUCAGAGUCUCACUUUGUCGCCCUCGGUAGAGUGUUGUGGCGUCACAGCUCACAGCAACCUCAAACUCUUGGGCUCAAGUGAUUCUCCUGCCUCAGCCUCCCAAGUAGCUGGGACUACAGGCGCCCGCCACAGUGUCUGGCUAUUUUUCAGAGACAAGGUCUCGCUCUAUCUCAGGCCGGUCUCAAACUUGUGAGCUUAGGCAAUCCAUACUCCUCAGCCUCCCAGAGUGCGAGGAUUACAGGCAUGAGCCACCAUGCCACCGUGUGUAAGUUUCAUAUCAUAUAAGCAGGCUAGUAUUGGGGCUGGGCACUGGGCUCAAGGAUUCCCAUGGGUCAGCUCAUUCAAUCCUUUCAACAAUGAUCACCCCCAUUUUACAGAUGAGGAAAACUGAGGCACAGAGAGGUCAAGCAAUUGCUCUAAGUCACAUAGCAAGGCCAUUCUUGGCUGACGUUUGAACCCAGACCAUGUGAUCCCUAUCUUCCCUGUUGUAUCAAGUACAGAGGUGCCAGGGCUUACUACUGUUAAUAGCAAUGAUGCAACAUUAAUUAUAAUAAUAACAAUAUUAUGGCUCGGCGCCUGUGGCUCAAGUGGCUAAGGCACCAGCCACGUACGCCUGAGCUGGAGGGUUCGAAUCCAGCCCGGGCCCACCAAACAACAAUAACAUGGCACGACUGCAACCAAAAAAUAGCCGGGCAUUGUGGCAGGGGCCUAUAGUCCCAGCUACUUGGGAGGCAGAGGCAGGAGAGUCCAGGAGUUUGAGGUUGCUGUGAGCUGUGAUGUCACGAUACUCUACCCAGGGCCACAGCUUGAGUCUCUGUUUCAAAAAAAAAAAAAAAAUACAUAUAUAUAUAUGAUAUUACACUACUCAUAGAGUGGCCAUCCCAGCUUACCAAACCCUCCAACCCAACCUGCCCUCUCUGCAUCAGUAAAGGCCCUUGGGAGCCCCCCCUUCCAGAGGGAUCAUUGGAGGAGGUUUCAUAGCUGGACCUUGAAGGAUGGAGAUGGUUGUAUGAGUUGGCUUGUCCUUGUACAACGUCGAAGGACACCUAGAGAGAUUUAUUCUGUUAGAUGAGGGUCAAUGUAGCACAGAAGGAAGACCCUGCUGCCUAGAAGGGGCAUAAGGGGGCUUGUGGGACCCAGAAGACAGAAGCAUGACACCAGCCUGACCCCUCUCUGGACUUCUGAUGUCUGAUUUGCAAAUUGGGACACCCCCAGGACCUCUGCCUUUGCAGUGCCCUCUUCUUGGAAUGCCCUUCCUCUACAUCUCCCCACAGCCUGGCCACAGAUUAGGCCACCUGUAUCCAAGCCCCAGCCCUGUGCCUGGCCUAUGGCAGGGGCCUGGCUUCCAUAUACACUUGUCCUAGCUCCAUGCAGCACAUGCCAGCCCACAGGCCCUGCCGGAGCUGUGGCUAUCCUGAGAAUUCCAGGACCAAUGGGGAGCGGCCCCCAGGUGUGCUGGACGCCAAGGAAAACAGGAGGUGAGCUCAUGGCCCCAACACAGGCAGCAGGCAGGGCAGGCACUGUCAGAGAAUGAGCUUCACUGGAAAUGAUCAGGCUGGGGCUGGCUGCUCCCAUCCAGCCUCUCCUUCUAGGCCUGCCCUCUCUUCACUCACCUUCUAUGUUUCCCCAUUGCCUUUGGAAGACCUCUUGAGUCCCACAGUACUGGCACUGCCCUUCCACAUCCUCAUCUCCUGCUUCUGCCUGAGCCCCAAGAUCUUGUCACCCCGAAGUCCAUCCAUCCAGCAGACCAGGCUCAUUCUUGCCUCAGGGCCUCUGCCUAUGCUGUUCCCUCUACCUGGAACACCUUUUUACUACCUCUUUACUGUGUUUUCCUCAUCUUCCCGGUCCCAGCUUGGUGUUCCCUUCUCCUCCAGAAGUCCAGCCUGUCUUCCUCCUACCCCCUUCAACUGGGUCAUCUCCCCAGGGCUCCCUACUAUUGCCUGUGUAUCCCCCAUCACAACCAUGGUCCUACUGGGGGAUUGUGUAGCUCCCCACCAAUUUGCGUUUCCCAUGAAGGAAGAGCUGUGUCUGGCUUGCUCCCUCUGUGUCCUCAGUGCCCAGCACAGGACAUGAUACAUUGUAAGUGAGCAAGGCACAUGUAUGGAACAAUGAAUGUGCCUGGAAAUUUCUCCACCUCUAGGUUCCACACACUUCUCAUCCAAAGUAUGAUCUCAGUCCUAUCUUUUCCUGCACUGACCUGAGUCCUCUCUUUCCUUUAUGUCUCCUGGCCACCUCCUCCAGGAACCCACAGUGACUUCUCUGUAGCCUCCCAGGAAAUCAGAUCUGGCUGUGACUCUGGCUUCACCCUUGCCCUGUGCCUUGACCUUAGGCCACUCCUCUUGGCCUCAGUGUCCCUGUCUAUAGAAUUGAGGCUUUGACUACUGGAAAACAGGGGUGAAGAGGGUUAACCAAUUCCAGAAGGCCGAGGUGUUUUGUAGCUCUUAGAGCAUGGCUGGCCUGGGAGGGACAAUUUUCCCGAUUAGCAGUAAUUUUUAUUUUUAUUACAGACUGUUCCCACAGCAGCUGGAGCACAGCUUGGAAGGCAUGGCACAGCCUUGACAAACAGAAGCCUGAGCCCCCAUUGGACCUUCUCCUGCCAGAGCCCUUUAACUUGCUCCCCUCUGAGGGAGCUCGCAUCCCAUUGCACAGAUUGAAAAGCUGAGUGAACCCCCACCCAGCAAUCCCCCAUCCACACUCCAUAGCCAGGCUAGGGGGAGAUGCAGGGAAGGGUAUUCCAGGCAGAGAAGACUGCAAAGGCAGAAGUCCUGAGGGUGUUCCAAUUUGCAAAUCAGAUAACAAACGCUCAAAGAGGUGCCAGUCUGGUGUCAUACCCCACCCACCCACUAGCCAAAGGAUCAUAAGGAAGACGGGAACCACCAGCAAUCUAGCAAUGAGGUGGGAAGAGUCACUUGCAAUCCUCAAGAGUGGGGGACCCAGGGGCAGGCCCUUGGCAUGGUCCCCAUCCUCACCAGCUGGUCCCCAGCUCUCCAGUAAUAAUCAUCAUUAACAGUGAUACUUAAUUACCACCAUUGUGUAAGAGAGGAAGCUGAGACACAGACUUCAUUUGCCUGGCUUGGAAGCAAAUGAGAAGGGAGUGGAGGGCCAGUCAGGUUGACCCAGAGGGUAAGUCCUAAACCUUCAGACGCUGGUUGCUUCAUUUCCCCAAAUGUGAGCCCAGAGGCUGCCUCCGAGCCCACUUUGUUUGCAUCUGUAUCCCAGGCAGGGCACACAGCAAGCUCUCAAUAAAUAAGUGGAUGAAAGGGUGGGGAGGGGGGUGGUCCCACCUGACUCUCCGCCCCACCAGCCCUCUCUACGGUUCCCCAGACUUAUUUCCUCACCCUGUGCAAUUUACUCACGGGCGACUCCGCCGGACAGUCCGGGCGGGGCCCUGAAUGCAGAGGCCAGCGCCCUCUGUUUACCUUGCAGUUGGACGCUGGGCAGGACUGCGGUGGGCCGACCCGGGGGCUGGCCGUACCGCGGGGAUAAAUAGGCCCCGCAGGCCUCGUGGGCGGCAGAAAGCGAGACUCCAUCCAGCGCCCCACUGCCGCCAUGGCCCCGACCGCCGCAGGCGUUCUCCUGCUGACCUUGACCGUCCUUGGCGUGUCCGGCCAGGCCCAGAUCCCUAUAGGCUCAGACUUGGCCCCGCAGAUGCUGCGCGAGCUGCAGGAGACCAAUGCGGCGCUCCAGGAUGUACGCGAGCUGCUGAGGCAGCAGGUCAAGGAGAUCACGUUCCUGAAAAACACGGUGAUGGAGUGUGACGCGUGUGGGAUGCAGCCUGCGCGUACCCCCGGCCUGAGCGUGCGGCCCCUGCUGCACUGCGCGCCGGGUUUCUGCUUCCCCGGAGUGGCCUGCACGCAGACGUCCAGUGGCGCGCGCUGCGGCCCCUGCCCCGAGGGCUUCACGGGCAACGGCUCGUACUGCACCGACGUCAACGAGUGCAACGCUCACCCCUGCUUCCCCCGGGUCCGCUGCAUCAACACCAGCCCCGGCUUCCGCUGCGAGGCUUGCCCGCCCGGGUACAGCGGCCCCACCCAUGAGGGCGUGGGGCUAGCCUUCGCCAAGGCCAACAAGCAGAUUUGCACGGACAUUAACGAGUGUGAGACCAGCCAACAUAACUGCGUCCCCAACUCUGUGUGCAUCAACACCCGGGGCUCGUUCCAGUGCGGCCCGUGCCAGCCCGGCUUCGUGGGCGACCAAGCAUCUGGCUGCCACCGGCGCCAACAGCGCCUCUGCCCGGACGGCUCGCCCAGUCAGUGCCAUGACAAGGCCGACUGUGUCCUGGAGCGCGACGGCUCGCGGUCCUGCGUGUGCGCAGUCGGCUGGGCCGGCAAUGGGAUCCUCUGUGGACGUGACACCGAUCUGGACGGCUUUCCAGACGAGAAGCUGCGGUGCCCAGAGCUGCAGUGCCGCAAGGACAACUGCAGGACGGUCCCCAACUCAGGACAGGAGGAUGUGGACCGGGAUGGCAUCGGAGACGCCUGUGACCCAGAUGCCGACGGGGACGGAGUCCCCAAUGAGGGGGACAACUGCCCUCUGGUGAGGAACCCAGACCAGCGCAACACAGAUGGGGACAAGUGGGGAGAUGCAUGCGACAACUGUGCAUCCCAGAAAAAUGAUGACCAGAAAGACAAAGACCAGGACGGCAGGGGUGAUGUCUGCGAUGAUGACAUCGAUGGCGACCGGAUCCGAAACCACGUGGACAACUGCCCUAGGACACCUAACUCAGACCAGAAGGACAGUGAUGGUGAUGGUAUAGGGGAUGCUUGUGACAACUGUCCCCAGAAGAGCAACCAGGACCAGAGUGAUGUGGACCAUGACUUUGUGGGAGAUGCUUGUGACAGUGAUCAAGACCAGGAUGGGGAUGGGUAUCAGGACUCUAUGGACAACUGCCCCACGGUGCCCAACAGUGCUCAGCAAGACACAGACCACGAUGGCCAGGGUGACGCCUGUGAUGAAGACGACGACAAUGACCGAGUGCCCGACAGUCGGGAUAAUUGCCGCCUGGUGUCCAAUCCUGGCCAGGAGGACGCCGACAGGGACGGUGUGGGAGACGUGUGCCAGGGCGACUUCGACGCAGACAAGGUGGUAGACAAGAUCGAUGUGUGUCCAGAGAAUGCCGAGGUCACCCUUACUGACUUCCGGGCCUUCCAGACGGUCGUGCUGGACCCGGAGGGUGACGCACAGAUUGAUCCCAACUGGGUGGUUCUCAACCAGGGGAUGGAGAUCGUGCAGACAAUGAACAGUGACCCGGGCCUGGCUGUGGGUUACACCGCCUUCAAUGGUGUGGACUUUGAGGGCACGUUUCAUGUGAACACGGCAACGGAUGACGACUAUGCAGGCUUCAUCUUUGGCUAUCAGGACAGCUCCAGUUUCUAUGUGGUCAUGUGGAAGCAGAUGGAGCAAACAUACUGGCAGGCAAAUCCCUUCCGCGCUGUGGCUGAACCAGGCAUCCAGCUCAAGGCAGUGAAGUCUUCCACAGGUCCCGGGGAGCAGCUGCGGAAUGCUCUGUGGCACACUGGGGACACAGCAUCUCAGGUGCGGCUGCUGUGGAAGGACCCCCGCAACGUGGGCUGGAAGGACAAGACAUCCUACCGUUGGUUCCUGCAGCACCGGCCCCAAGUGGGCUACAUCAGGGUGCGAUUCUAUGAGGGCCCUGAGCUGGUGGCUGACAGCAAUGUGAUCUUGGACACGACCAUGCGGGGUGGCCGUCUAGGGGUCUUCUGCUUCUCUCAGGAGAAUAUCAUCUGGGCCAACCUGCGGUACCGCUGCAAUGACACCAUUCCUGAGGACUACGAGACUCACCAGUUGCGGCAGGCCUAGGGCCUGGGGUAGGGACUGUGUCUGGGUGGGGCCUCAGCACCCAGCCCAGAGGAGCAGCUGGCCUGGGGGAAAGCAAGAGCUCAGAGAGGACAAAAUAAAGUGGUGCAG